AUGUUGCGGGUAGCCCAAGCCUUAGGCCUUUGUCGAUCGUAUCCUGAAGCCCUUGUUCGAAGUAUUGUCAGAGUAGAUCAUGCUGGGGAGUUAGCUGCUGAUCAGAUCUACAAAGGACAACACAUGGUUUUGAAGAGUAAAUUGUAUUCUGGUUUUUGUUAUUGUUUUAGAUUCUGAUGUUGGACCAAUAAUCCAAGAGAUGUGGGAUGAAGAGAAGGAGCAUUUGGAUAUCUGUGAACGUUUGUUGGCCAAAUACGAUACAGAUCCGACCGUUUUCACACCAUUAUUCAAGGCUUUAGCCUUAGGAUUAGGUACGAAGAGAGAAUUUAUGUUAUGUAUGAGACUGCCGCUGAGACCAGUUUCCUAAGAGGUUGAAAAUUGGUAUUGUUGAAUAAUAGGAUCGGUUUUAGGUGUCGGAAGUGCGUUGAUAGGGAAAGAAGGAGCUAUGGCAUGUACCAUUGCGGUAGAAGAACUAAUUGGAAACCAUUAUAACGAUCAAUUAAAAGAAUUAAUCGAAUUGGAUACCAAGUCUGAGAAGAAUCUGUUACAGGUAAAGCUGUUUUACUGUUUUAUUAUGUCCUUUUUAGUUGAUAAAGAAGAUGAGAGACGACGAACUUCAUCAUCAUGACACAGGGAUAAAAUACGAUGGCUUAAAUGCUCCAUUGUACAAUGUUCUCAAACAAGUAAUACAGUCUGGAUGUAAAGCUUCGAUCUUCUUGGCGGAGAGAGUCUAA